UCGAAUAUGUGUGUGAUAGUAAUGAAGUAUUCCGUCCUCGUCAAACCAAUGUCUCCUCCUGUCAAGAUCCCAACGCUGUCGAUCGGCUCCGAUCACCACCGGAUACCGGUGAUUGGCUUCGGCACCGCCGCGUCUGCUCCUCCGGAUCCGGCGGAGCUGAAGCUGGCGGUGAUCGACGCCGUCAAGCUCGGAUACCGCCACUUCGACACGUCUCCCAGGUACCAGACGGAGGAGCCACUCGGCGAAGCCCUGUCGGAGGCGAUCUCCUCCGGCUUGGUCGGAUCCAGGGAUGAGCUCUUCGUCACUUCCAAGCUCUGGUGCGCCGACGCCCAUCGCGGCCUCGUCGUCCCUGCGAUCAGGCGAAGUUUGCAAAAACUUAGACUGGACUAUCUCGACCUAUAUCUGGUUCAUUGGCCGGUGGCCUCGAAACCGGGCAAGUACAACUUUCCUAUUGAAGAAUUCAUGCCGUUUGAUUUUGAAGCAGUUUGGUCUGAAAUGGAGGAAUGCAAGAGACUCGGGCUUGCAAAGUGUAUUGGAGUGAGCAAUUUCUCAUGCAAGAAGCUUCAACACAUCCUCUCCGUCGCCAAAAUCCCGCCUUGCAUUAAUCAAGUGGAGAUGAGCCCUGUUUGGCAACAGAGAAAGCUGAGAGAGCUCUGUGAAUCGAACGGCAUUGUUUUGACGGCUUAUUCGGUGUUGGGAUCAAGAGGGGCGUUCUGGGGAACUGACAAAGUCAUGGAGUCUGAUGUUCUGAAAGAGAUAGCCAAGUCCAAGGGAAAGACAGUGGCUCAGGUGAGCUUGAGAUGGGCAUACGAGCAAGGAGUGAGCAUGGUGGUGAAGAGCUUCAACAGAGAGAGAUUAGAAGAGAAUCUGCAUAUAUUCGAAUGGUCACUUACAAAAGACGAGAACCAGAGGAUCGCAACGCAGAUCCCGCAGCGCAGAGUCGUUCUUGGCGAACCUUACAUCUCUCCCAAAGGCACCAUCAAAUCCGUGGAGGAAAUGUGGGAUGGUGAGUUCUGAACAUUCUGAUUAAGUUUCCGAUUCAGACAGUUUGCGUCACUGAAGAAUGGAUUUUCAUUACCUGGUUUUGAAAGUUCAUGUUUAGAUUGAGCCAUUUUGGAAAGUUCUCACUUUUCAACUUCUAGAUCUUUUUGGUUUCUCAUAUCCCAUCCAGACAGAUUGGAAAUUUCCAAAAGUUCAUCUCUUGCAAACUUUCGCGUUUUGGAAAAAAGCUUAAAUGGGUUUUUUUCCCACACAUUUUGAA